CACGAGCAAAUCAACGAAUGCCGGGAUGUCCGUCAACGUUGAACGGUUCGGGGGGAGGAGGAGGAGGAGGUGGUGGUGGUGGUGGUAGUGGUGAGCAACAAUAAGGGAGUCUAGCAAUCAGGAAUGAACUUCAGGCUGAGAGGCUGAUUUGGGGCCCUCCGACAGGGUGGAUGGGACUCUGGUUGCGUGGGUGAGCAGCAGCAGAGGUGCUUCUUGGCUGGUCUGGGGGUGAAACCAAUGACCAUCAUCUGAACCAACGAAACUUGAGAGCUGCAGUCAGAUCAAUAGAUACCCCGGAGUGCUUGUCGUGUCGUUGUAGAUGGUGAAGAUGUGGUGGUUGCUAGGCGUGAUGGAGGAUGAAAGGAGAUGAUUGUGGAGGAGACAGGAGAAAGAGACAGGAGGGAAAGGAUGGAAAGGAUGGAGCAUCAACCGACGGACAGCCAACCAGCCAAACUGCGUGACAACCGGACGAACAGGCUGGAGGCGUGCUGCUGUAGGCGGGACCCAAAGGGGAAGACGGAGAGGUAAAAGACAAGAGGAAUGACCAGUUCAGUCACCAGUUCACCCCCCAGGCAAACUAUGUAUCUAUUCCUACCGGAACCACAACUAGAACCAGAAUCAUAUCAGAGAUCAGGAUGGAGUAAAUGAAUUCAAGAUAGAAUAGAAAUAGGAUGUGUCAGAGAUGGGAAAGAGAGAGGGGGGGAAAUUUUGGGAAAUUGAAAACACCCCCCGCCAAGCAUGGAGAUGGAUUUGUCCUCCUGGGAAUUGAAGUUCUGGCAAGUGGCCCUGCUUGGGACCAGACCCCAGGGUUCCAGGGUUGACUGGCUCCAACCAGGGCCCUUUUUUUUUGGGUGCCCUUUUUUCCUUUUUCCAUUUUCCGUUGUUAUUUAUUUAACCCUUAUUACGGAGUAUUAUCUACUAAUUUUGCUUAUUUUUAACCGCCAUUUCCUAUUCUUGUUUUGUUCUUUUGGGUGCGGUUCCUCCUCUGCUUAUUAUUUUUCCAGGUCCGUCGGUUCUGGCCCUGGUUCUAGUCGUCCCUCCGGCACACUAGCAUGGGACACUAACUGGACCAUUCUUCAAUCAUUCCGCUACGCCGGUUAUAUGGCCCCAGUUCUAGCCAAUUGCGUCAAGGCCCCUCUGAGACAUGAGGCUAUCCGGAGACCGCAGUCGAAUGGGACUCCUUCUUUCGCUCUAUCCGGAUAAGGAUUCUCGAAUGCAGAAUACCCUCUUCCCCCCUCCCCCCUCUUCUCCGACCGGGGAACUUCUCAGUGAGUGUGUGUGAGUGAGUGAGGGAGUAGAUCCUGUUCCUGUUGACUCACUAUCGCCUCCUCACGGACGAUCAGAAAACUAUAAAUUGGGAAGAGGAAUGAUACUCUCCAGUCUGCCAAGCUGCUACGUUUACAACAAGGUAUACACUAUACACAGUAUCGGCAGGCUGUCGACCCAUCGGCUGCUCGUGGUUCUAGCCAAAAAUAUGACUAUGGAUCCCCUGAUGCAACCCUCAGGGCGCUUCCCCUUGAGCAACGAUGCCGCACCAUCAGGGUCCUACCGCGGUUCUCCAACCAUCAACUGAUGUGGCUGUCAUCCCAAACGGCCCGAGAGAAUGCUGACCCCGCGUCUAGU